AUGACGGCGAGCACGUUCCUCUUCACGUCAGAGUCGGUCUCGGAAGGACACCCGGACAAAAUGUGUGACCAGAUCUCAGACGCAGUACUUGAUGCGCACUUGAAGAUUGACCCUGAUGCAAAGGUUGCUUGUGAAACGGUAACUAAAACGGGUAUGAUCAUGUUGUGUGGCGAAAUCACAUCUAAGGCAAAUAUCGAUUACCAGACACUCGUCCGUGAUGUCGUCAAGAAGAUCGGCUACGACGAUUCUAGCAAGGGUUUCGACUAUAAAACUUGCAAUGUGCUGGUUGCCCUUGAGCAACAAUCGCCAGACAUUGCUGCUGGUGUGCAUGUUGAGAAGGAUGAGGAAAAUGUUGGAGCAGGUGAUCAGGGUAUUAUGUUUGGCUACGCUACUGAUGAAACCGAGGAAUCUAUGCCAUUGACGCUUCAACUCGCUCAUCAGUUGAAUGGAAAGCUCCAUGAAUUGCGUCGGAGUGGUGAACUUCACUGGGCACGUCCAGACUCAAAGUCACAGGUUACGGUUGAGUACAAGUUUGAUGGUGGAGCAUGUAUUCCUUUGCGUGUCCAUACUGUUGUAUUGUCUACACAGCAUUCGCCAGAUGUGAGCUUGGAGAAAGUGAGAAGUGAUGUUCUUGAAAAGGUAAUUCAUGCUGUGAUUCCGGAGCAUCUCCUUGACGACAAGACAGUGUACCACUUAAAUCCAUGUGGGAAAUUCAUCAUCGGAGGGCCAAUGGGAGAUGCUGGACUCACUGGUCGAAAAAUCAUUGUUGACACCUAUGGAGGAUGGGGAGCUCAUGGAGGUGGCGCAUUCUCUGGGAAGGACCCCACUAAGGUUGAUCGUUCAGCUGCAUAUGCUGCUCGUUGGGUAGCUAAAUCACUGGUCAAGGCUGGUAUUUGCCGUCGUUGCCUUGUCCAGGUGUCCUAUGCAAUCGGAGUUGCAAAACCUCUGUCCAUUAUGGUGUUCGCUUUCGGAACAUCGGGACUUAACGAGAGCGAACUACUCGAAAUUGUUAACGAUAACUUCGAUCUUCGACCUGGAAUGAUCAUCAAGGAGCUCAAGCUGAAAAGACCCAUUUAUGAGCGCACAGCUGAAAACGGCCACUUUGGUCACGACUCAUUUCCUUGGGAGCAGGCGAAACCAUUGAAGAUAUCGUCUGAACUGCUUCUAAAGGCUAAACAAAAAGCUCGUUCAGAGGGCGCUGGUGAUAUUGCUCAUUAG